GGCUUGGAGAGCUGGGAGGUGGUGGAGGAGCCGUAUGCGCAGGGCAGCCCAGGCCAGCAGCCGCAGCGGCACGAGGGCUACCUGCUCAAGAAGAGGAAAUGGCCCCUGAAGGGCUGGCACAAGAGGUACUUUGUGCUGGAAAAUGGCAUCCUGAAAUAUGCCACCACGCGGCAGGACGUCCUCAAGGGCAAACUGCACGGAGCCAUUGAUGUCCGUCAGUCUGUCAUGUCCGUCAACAAGAAGGCGCAGCGGGUCGACCUGGACACAGAGGAGAAUAUCUACCACCUCAAGGUGCUGAUCAAGUCCCCGGAGCUCUUCGCCAGCUGGGUGAGCAGCCUCUGCUCCCACCACCAGGGCGAGGGGCCUGAGCCCUGCCCCAGGGGGGGUCCUGUCGGGAGGACCCCCACCAACGUGCAGGGCCCGUGGACGCGGAUCCUGCCCUCGGGCAGUGCCCCUGCCCUCUCCUCCCUCGCCAGCUCCCGGGACAAGGUGAACGCUUGGCUGAAGGACAGCGAGGGGCUGGAGCGCUGCUCAGCCGAGCUGUCAGAGUGCCAGGGGAAGCUGCAGGAGCUGACGGGCAUGCUGCAGAGCCUGGAGGCCCUGCACCGCAUCCCCUCGGCCCCCCUCAUCUCCGGCAGCCAG